AAGAAAAAUGAAACUACUGAAGAAAGAAAAAAAUUCCUCAAAGAAAUUACUGAUUUUAACUGUGAGUACAAUUUGCUGUCAAACAGAGCAAUGGCCGCUGAAAGCCAAGCAAAAGCAGAAAUACAGAGUCUUGCAAAAGAGGCAGAAGAUGUAAAUAAAGAUAUACAGUACAUGAAACAAAAUGAUCUCAGAUUGAACAGUAUGCAACAGCAGAUUCAGAUUUUAAGAGAACAGUUGGAGGGGCUUGAAAACAAAACUGAAGCCCUCAGGGUGAAACUAAAUAAAGCUAAAAUAUCAACUAAAUGUUUGAAUGCUGAAAAGUUAAAAACUGAACAGAAACCUCAGAAUGAUCCUGAAAUUUUGGGACUGAAAAAAGAGUUAGAAACUUUUAUAGGAGAAGAUGGCAAUAAUAAUACUUUUGAAGUUUUAUUGUCAGAAAUACAUUUUCUACAAAUGAAACUUUCUACAAAAGACUUUCAGACAUCAGGUAAAAGUCAGUAGUAAGAAAUGCUUUGCUGAAGAAAG